AUGCCUCCAGAACGUCGAGGAAAAAACGAUUCUACCGAAUCCGUGCCAUGCAGCUACUGCAUAGGCAUGAGUGUGUACACAAAAUCCAUGUGGCGCAAUCGUCAGACUCCGAAAUGCAAGGGCCUCCAAGUGAAUUUGAACUCUAGUCGUGAACGUCUGCAGAAUUUGAGAGAGCGGGCUGGUCACCCGAGGAAGGAAAAUUUUACUUUUAUAGGCGUUGGUCUGUCUACGUACUCACCCGAGUGGAUGGAGGAAGGAAAAUACUUGCCACAUGUGAAAGGUAUUAGUAUCAUCGCUGUCCAGCCAGACUUCAGCGAUGAUUUCAUGAAGCACAUUGAAGAGCACAAACGUAUUAAGCGUGAGCUUGAAAAAAGUGCAGGCAACAAAGGAGACUUGCAAGAUGGACACGAUGACGAUCUCUUUGGAUUUAAUGAUGCCGAAGCGACAGAUGACGGUCAGGCGCUUGUUGAGAGCGAAGUGGUGCGAGGAUUGAAAACACCAAGUGGUCCAGCUGUAGUGCCAGCAUCGAUCACUAUGGAAGAGGUUAAGGAUCGCUUUGUAGAAAAGACAAAGUAUUCCGUAAACGCCAUGUACAAAUUUUGGGCACGUCGACUGGAUGGAUUUGGCGAUCGGUAUUUGGACUCAUGUCGACGUUUGACGGAGCAGAUGGAGAAGCAAGUGGUGAAGACACCACAAAAUUUGACUUGGCUGAUACACCGCAUCGACGAAAUAAAACGGGACAAAACGGAGAAUCUAUUUCAAACGGGCUGA